GCUCAGAUCUCGAUGACUUUACAGUCCACUUUCAAACCAAAGACGUCCAUCUGACAGAUCAAAGAUGAGAGGCCUGAUAUGUCCGAUGACUACGACUGUGCAGUCACAUAGUCAGUCGAAGCGAAGUCAGCAGGUUGGAAUGAAAAAGAGAUAUACGUCUUACAUUUCUUCGAGCUGCUAAUCAGCUGCCCCUCAAGAGAUUGAAAUGUAGAGCAGCUAACUCAAUGUAGAGCAGGUAUGAAACAUACCUGCUCUACAUAUCUGUGGCACAAUCACUCUCAGUAUUUGCGUGUACCUUGAGAUAAAUUCAUUCAUAGAGAACGUGAUGCGUGCUCUGAUUUCUACUAGUUCAUUGCACGGCAUUUCGUAACAGAUCUGCCUGAGCGCGGGGCGAUUCACUAAAUCCGCGAGCAAUCCCUUCAAUUUAUAAGACAAGUUGGGUCCUAUUUAUUUCCUUUCAAAAUUCCAAUGUUCACUGAUCUCUC